CCGAGUGGGACCACCCUCUACUCUUCUCUAGCUCCCUCGGGGGAACGCUUAUCUCUCUCUCUCUCUCUAUCUCUCACUCUCUGUUCUCUCUGGUUAAAAAGCUUCACCGACGACCUCGCCGCCGUCAUCAGUUCACUUCCGGCGGCUUCUCUUUCUAGAUUUUUUAAGUGGGUGGAGAAUGGCGAAUAUGUGUGCCGACAGUGGCAAUCUUAUGGCGAUUGCUCAACAAGUUAUGAAGCAGAAGCAGCAACAGGAGCAGCAACAGCAGCAGCCUCCACAACAGCCGCCGCCGCAGCAGCUCACUAGCCCUUCCACUUUUACUCUGAACCCAUGGAGUGGCUCGAACCAUGGUCUUUCCAGUCCAGAUUUGGGGUUUGGGCUUGCCGGAGCUGGAUUUUCCGAUCCGUUUCAGGUGCAGAGAGUGGUCGACGGUGGAGAAACGAGCUUUCAGUUUCCGAACUUAGAGCACCAUUCUUCUUCUUUCAGAUAUCCCGAUUUCGACUCCGAUGAGUGGAUGGACAGUCUAAUGGCUGGUGGAGAUUCAACGGAUAGCUCUAAUCUUCCUUCUGGUUGCGACGCGUGGCAGGCUAAUUCGGAUAUUGCUCUCUACGGUGAUGAUCCCUUUGUCCCCUGUCCCAGUCGCCUCACUAUCCCCUGUUCUUCACCCUCCGAUCUCAACAGAGUCAUUUUCCCGGAACCUCCGAGAAAUCAAGCUGCCAUUCAACCGCCUGUGGUUUCAUGGACCGGGCUUACUGCCAAGACUCCACCGGUGGUGGUUAAGGACACUAAUGGCUGUUCGUCGAGUUCUGCAGAGAACGAACCGAAACCUCCACUUCUGAAAACCCUAAUUGAAUGUGCUAGACUUUCCGAAUCGGAGCCAAAUCGGGCGGCGCAGAUAUUUAUCCAGCUUAAGGAAUCGUCAUCGGAGCAUGGAGAUCCGACGGAGAGAGUCGCUUUUUACUUCCUCGAAGCUCUGUACCGGAGAUUAUCACUUCAAACGGAGAAUCGUUUGGUUUGUUCGGAAUCCACUUCAGAUGAUUUCACCAUUUCUUACAAAGCUCUCAACGACGCCUGCCCGUACUCUAAAUUCGCCCAUUUGACUGCGAAUCAAGCGAUACUCGAAAUGACAGAGAACGCGAGCAAGAUUCACAUAAUCGACUUUGGAAUUUCUCAGGGAGUUCAAUGGGCGGCGCUUCUUCAAGCUCUCGCAACCCGCUCCUCCGGAAAACCAACCGGAAUCCGGAUCUCCGGCAUUCCAGCUCCGAUGCUCGGAAACUGCCCAGCCACAGCGCUGUUCGCGACGGGUAAUCGACUGGCUGAGUUCGCCAAGCUUCUAGAACUGAACUUCGAAUUUGACCGAAUCCUCACCCCAAUCGAAGAACUGAAAGAAUCCUCGUUCCGAAUCGACUCCGACGAAACCCUCGCCGUGAAUUUCAUGCUUCAACUGUACAAUCUCCUCGACGAAACUCCUCGCGUCGUUCUGAACGUUUUGCGACUCGCUAAAUCACUAAACCCUAGAAUCGUAACCCUAGGCGAAUACGAAGCCAACCUGAAUCGGGUCGGGUUCUUUAACCGGUUCAAGAACGCAGUCCGAUACUACUCAGCCGUGUUCGAAUCACUGGACCCAAAAUUACCUCGCAACUCAAACGAAAGGCUGCAACUGGAAAAGCUCGUACUCGGGCGGCAGAUCGGCGACAUUGUCGGACCAGAGUCGUCGCCGGGAGCCAAAAUCGAACGGAUGGAAGACAAAGAACAGUGGAAAAUGAUGAUGGUAAAUUGCGGGUUUGAAGCGGUAAAUCUCAGCCAUUACGCGAAAAGUCAAGCUCAAAUCCUUUUAUGGAAGUAUGAUUACAGCUGUGAGUAUUCUUUGAUCGAAUCCUCGCCUGGAUUUCUGUCGUUGGCCUGGAAUCAAGUCCCGAUCAUUACAGUUUCUUCCUGGCGUUGAAACAAAACCAGUAAUGGAGAGGCGCAUGGAGAACUCAUUUUGGAUCGGGCCAAGCGUCUCAAUGCUGAUAAGAUCUUCGCUAUGCUGAGCUGUCGGAUCUGGUGGUUAUGUUGAUGCCUGAAAUGCCCAAGUGGAACAGUCUCGGUAACUGAAUUUUUUAGAUCAUUUAAUUAACCAGGAAAUGCCCCAAGUUUUAAGGCUUUUGUCCUUCAUUUCUCUCCUUCCAUUUUACAUAUGUUCUUUCUUUUUUUGUUUAAACUAUGGAGGAAAUUCAAGAUCUGAUUUCGUUCGAUGUAUUUAGUCAACUUAAUGUUAUGUUUUUCUUUUACACGAGUUUAUAGAUUGUAGCAAUCCUAACCAUCUAACCAACGUCGUUGUGCUUUUCUGAACUUGCUUAAUGAAACGUGUAAAUAAAAAUACACUGUUUAUUAUUACACUCCUGAAUGGUUAGGAUUUUCACUUGGUUGCAAUAAGAAUCAAGAACUACAGAAAAAUGAGAUUGUCCAUAUUCCUUCCCUUGAAUAAUUUUCUAUUGUGGGUUGAGUUCUGUUCUGUUAAUUGCUUCAAUCUUCAAUCCAUUAAUGUUGGAUCUGUUUUUUCUUCUUGUAUUCAUCUAUUGGUGUUAUCAGAUUGUCCUGUACGAGCUCCUUUCCUUCAAUACCCGUCAUCUGUACUCCUGCAACUCACAGUCUUAGAGACCUGUAGCUCAAAGGUGGUAGAGCGCUCAAGGCCAAUAAGGUUGGUUUUUGGGAGGUUGGUGGUUCGAAUCCAUCCGGAUCUGACUGAUUAUGUUUCAGGCUGAUGGUUGUUUAGAUGUUGAACUUCCAUCCCCUCGCUGCAGUUGCUGCCAUGCCAUUUUUCCCACCAUUCUCACUUUGCCUUCUGUAAGUAAUUUCGUUCGUUCCUCUUCAAUGAGUGCUUCACAAUUAUGGUACACGAAGUCAUAUUAUCUAAUAUCAUCUUUAAAAUAAUAGUUAGAAAUAUUGGACUAAGUUUCA